AUGAGCGAAACUGACUCUGAAGAUUUUUCUGAAAACUCUGACUCAGAAUUAGAGACCGAAAUUGAAACUGACGAUGAAGAAGAAAUGGUGUAUGUGAACCAACAGCCCUGGAUACGCGCCCUUCCCCCAGAACCAGAGGACCAAGAACCGUCCAAUUUCAAGGAAAAUCUUGGACCAAAAAAUAUGCCACCACACGACAGCAAGCCCAUUUCUUAUUUCUUUCUUAUGGUGACUAUUGACCUUAUCAAUAGGAUGGUAUUGGAGACCAACAGAUAUGCCGCGCAGUACAUUGCAAGUAAGGAUUACAUACGGAGAUUUUCAAGACUGCUCGAUUGGCGAAGAGUUGGAGAAGUUACAUUCAACGAAAUGAAAGCGUUUAUCGCCGUUAUACUAAAUAUGGGGCUAAUUAGAAAGGCAAACAUUAGUGAAUACUGGCACACAACAUAUAAAAGUCAGGAAACAAGCUGGUUACGGAGUGUAUUUAGUAGAAAUAGAUUUCAACAAAUUCUACAGUUUUUUCACUUGGUUAACAACAAUGAUAUCCCAAACAGGAAUGAUCCCAACUACUGUCCCGCAGCAAAGUUUCAGGUGCUUGUUGACCAUUUUAAUAUCCAAUCAUCAAACCACUUAGUUCCUGAACAAAAUAUCAGUAUUGAGGAAAGUUUAAUUGCAACAAGAGGUAGAUGUACAAUGUUGCAAUACAUUCCAUCAAAAAGUGCAAAGUUCGGGGUUAAAAUAUGGAUGCUUGUAGAAGCAGCGUCGGGUUAUAUUUUUAAUAUGAAAAUAUAUAGAGGUAAGCGGUAUGAUCCCACCCCCAGGGGCACAACACAAGGCUCAUAUGUCAUUAAUAUGUUACUUGCGUCGUCCAGAUUACUGAACAAGUGGUAUCACGUGGUUUGUGAUAGUUUUUUCACAUCUAUUGAUUUGGCCAAACAACUUCUCCGUGAUCAUACAUACAUAACUGGAACACUUAAACAAAAUCGCUACAUGCCAAACAAAAUUAAAAAUCCUCAGUUAGGACAAAAUGAGUCUAUCUAUAUGCGUCAAGGUGAAGUAGGUCUCUGUAGUUAUAAAGAAAAAGAACACAGAAAACCAGUCCGAAUAUUAACAACGAAAGAAAAGGCGGUAAACAACGUACACGGUAAGCCUAAAGUGCUCGACUUCUAUAACAAAAAUAUGGGUGGUGUGGACCUUGCAGAUCUGAUGAUGACCUCAUACAAUAGCAACAGAAAGUCCAUGAAAGUCUGGCGAAAAAUAGUUUUCAACUUGAUACACAGAAUGGUAAUUAACUCAUAUAUACUCUAUAAAAAGAAUACGUCAGAUGUUCCGGUGAAAAGCAGGCUUUCUUUUAUUCAAAGUAUUAUAUACGAUCUAGCUAAAGACCAUCUGACCGAUAAAGAGGACACUGUUGAGAACACGGCUACUGGACGAGGAUUUGUCAAAGUAAAACUCAGGAAGCUUCCAAGUGGCAGGCAAAAAGAAUAUUCGGUUUGUUCGGACCGCUACGGCUUUGGUGGUCGCCGAAGAGCGAGAACAAUCUGUACUUGCUGCCAUAGAGGGUUACAUAAAGACUGUUUAAUUGACCACUUAUGUGUGGCUGAGGACUAA